GUGUACCUAUUUCAGUGACUUUGGGUCUCUGAAUUGUGUGUUUGGAGUUUGGAAGGUGUGUCCUAUCUUUCCCCUAGAAACCCUAAGAAACAGAUUUUUAAAUACUGUGUAGCUGUGCAGACCUGAGGCUCUUUCUUGUGCAGCAUUUGGAUUCUGGUGUGGUGGCUUCCUGGUGCAUGGGUCCACAGCAGCCUGUCAUCUUUGCUGUGAUGGAAAGGAGCAGCAGUGUUUUGUCUGUGGCAGAGUUCUCCACUCCUCACUGACCUCCUAUGUUUCAGGGCCAAAAGAGCAGCAAAAUAUGAAUUUGUAGGCUGGUGUUUGGGAUGCUGUACCCUGCAUACUACUCAUACAAAGCUGUGAAAACAAAAAAUGUGAAGGAAUAUGUUCGCUGGAUGAUGUACUGGAUUGUGUUUGCUCUUUAUACAGUGACUGAAACAAUAACUGACCUAACAGUCUCUUGGUUUCCACUGUACUAUGAGCUGAAGAUAGCUUUUGUUAUCUGGCUCCUUUCCCCAUAUACUAGAGGGGCAAGUUUAAUCUACAGAAAAUUCCUCCACCCACUGCUUUCUUCUAAAGAAAGGGAGAUUGAUGAGUACAUAGUCCAAGCCAAAGAAAGAGGCUAUGAGACCAUGGUGAAUUUUGGAAGGCAAGGGUUGAAUUUGGCAGCAACUGCUGCAGUGACAGCAGCUGUAAAGAGCCAAGGUGCAAUAACUGAGAAACUGAGAAGUUUCAGUAUGCAUGAUUUGACUACUAUACAAGGAGAUGAGCCUGUUGGACAGAGACCUUAUCAGACAUUGCCAGAAGCUAAAAAGAAAACCAGAGCCUCUACAAGUGAAUCUUCAAGUUACAAAACUCCACUGGAAAAAAAUCCUGGAGAUGAUAAAACAGAUGAAGAGAUGGAGGGGACAUAUUCAGAGGAUGAAGUGUUUGCUCAGAGAGGCCUUCGAAGAACUCAGAGUAUGAAAUCUGUGAAAACCAUUAAAGGCCGCAAAGAGAUACGAUAUGGAUCACUGAAAUACAGAGUAAAGAAGAGACCUGCUGUAUACUUUUAAGUGUACUGCACAAUGCCUGCAAGAGAAACUGCUGUACUAUAAUAACUUGAAUUCAAGUUUUAAAGAUCUGUGUACAAUUCCUAAAAUGAGUCUGUAUGAACAGAUAUGGUAGGACUUGUUUUUGUGAACCCAAGCGAUCAGAUAAAGUAUUACUCUGUUUUUCUAUAAUUGUUUAGAUUUAAAUCUGGACAAGUUACAGCAUGAAUUUCAGCACUCCUUAAAUAGGAGUUAAAUGAGGAAUAGGAAAUACUCUUUUGCCAGAGGUAUUGAACAGACUGAAAUAAUUACAACUCCAAUUGAAUUAGCAGAAGAUUUAAGUAUCUAGAGCUUGUGAGAAUUGAACCAUAGUGUCCCCAAGUUUACAUUGAAAGAUAGAUAUACUUGAAAUAUUUUUCUGAACUACAAUUCCUGAACAGGCCUUUGUGUAAUUUUUAAAUGUACAGUUUAAAGGACAGUGGAUGAUGGUGGGAAAGAAAAAGGAAAGGUGAGGUAGGUUGGAUACAUCCUUAACAUCAUCAUCUUGCAUCAUAUUGCCAAGCUUUGCAAACUGGGGGUACAUAUAGCACUUUAUGCAAAACUGUAUAGUUUUGCACACUCUUAAUGAUUUACAACUGCACAUGUCAUUUUAGUGACUUGCUAGAUAGGUUAGAGUUACAUUUUGAAUGCCAGCAAUUCUUGUAUUUUAUGAUCUUUUUAAAAUUUAUCCUGAUUCCUUAAGUACACUUAGGAUGCUGUAGAUAUUUGCUACUAACAAUAUUAUCAGGUGCCUUUCUAUGUGUUAUAGGGCUGUGUGGGUUUUGUCUGUGUGUGUGGUUUUUUUGGGGGGGUUUUGAGGGUUUUUUUGUUUGUGGGGUUGUUUUGUUUGUGUCUGUCUUACUCCAUCUAAAGAGAUGUAACAUGAUUUAAGUCAGUUUUUGGUUAAAAUUGUGGUAAGUAAAACUUGUAGCAAUUCCAGUGAUACGCCUCAGGGAUCUGAUCAGCCCAUGAGCUGUGUGUUAAAGUCAUGCUGCCAUAAAGGUAUGUAUGAUAGCUUAGUCAGGCCCUGGUUUAGUUUUGCUCUACAUUGCUUUAAGAACAAAUAUAUUUAUAUAUAUGUGUACUUCAGAACAUGUAUGAGUGUAUAUUUCAUACCAUAUGUGGAUUCUAAAAUGGCCUGUGUAGUACUUUCUUUUAUUGCUGAGGUUAUUACUAAAAUAUUUGCAUAUAAAUAGCUUCUUCUAAAAGUCUA